AGAGAAGGAGGAAGAGAGACAGACGGAGAGAAAAGAGAAGAGUGAAAGACUUGAACAAACAGACGGACAGAGGGACGGAGGGUGAGACAGAUGCGGAGACGCUGAGUGUGAGCUGUCCAACAUGAGAGCUGACGACUAAAGUGUCUCUCUGCUGAUUUGAAGCUGUCUGUCCACCUGCAGACAUGUCCUCGUCCCGCACCGACAGCAAGACAGCCUCCCAGUUUGUGUCUCUCACCAUGAGGCUGAAGGAUAAGCUCCACCCACCGAGGAUCAAACGCUCUGAACGAAUCAAAAACACCCCGCAGAGGGUCAAACCACCCGACCUCAACCUGCAACACACACAGCAUCAGUCGGGGGGAGUGUUGGCGGAGCAGCAUCGGGCUGUCCACAGCUCUCUGCAGUACUUCAAAGCUCUUGUGGACAGACUGGGCGUGGACAAACCAGAAGUGGACAGACUGGUCCUGGACCGCGGUGUGGCCGGUGCUCUGCUGGGCGGGGCGUCCGGCGGUGUCCUUGAGGCAGUCCAGACUCUGGUCCAGCUGGAGCCGCACCUGCAUGAAAGUCAGAGCGUGUCCUCCUGUCUCAACCGUCUCUACAAGUCUCUGGCCGAGCUGAUCCACUGGGCCGACCAGGUAAUGCUGCAAGGCAGCGCCCAUGGCAACAGAGAGAGUGUUACCAUGGUGAUCAGGGCUGUGCUGGACGCCGUCAAGGACCUCGUUCGAUUGGCUGCAGAGAGACAAGACGGCUCCACCCCCUUAACUCCUGUCCAAUCACAGACUGUCGAGGGACAGAUAGGCGGGUCUGAAGACCAGCAGACAAAAGUUACGACGUCUACUGUCCCUUGUCCAGGAUUUCCGUCAGAGGAAGAAGACGAGAUUGAUUCAGCUCCACCAAAACCCCCAAUGCCUUUCACAGAGACCGUCCCCCAGCUGUCUGUCCCCCAGCUGUCCCCUCCUCCUCAGGGCCUCAGUCCUCCGGCCUUGCCACCUAAAAAGCGUCACUCGUCCUCAGGCCCCGCCCCCUGCAGGGUGGCCAUCGUAGCACCAAUGAGACGAGAGCCUGAAGUGGACACACAGGAGGACGAGUGUUUGAAGUGUUUCUCGCCUUCAUCUGCAGACUCUGCUGCUGAGAUCACACACAGCGGUAACACACACACAC